CCCAGCCUCUGACCUCCUUUUUGGGUGUAUGUGUGUGUGUUGCUGUGGGGGUGGGAAGUGUUGAUUCACCGCGUUUGGAAGGCGAAACGAGAAUUUGCGCAAAUAAAUGCAAGCAAGCAAGCAAGCAGCCAUUAUGAAUACCAUCUUUCUGUGACUGGAGGCUCCUAACAGGAAACCUUCCAUCCAUCAAUGCACUGCCAAUGGGUUAUAUCCUUCGUUGUGACCUCAUGGUUUAAGCGGGCAUAAAGAUGAGUAUAAGCAGUGAUGAGGUUAACUUCCUCGUAUAUAGAUACUUGCAAGAGUCCGGGUUUUCUCAUUCAGCAUUUACCUUUGGUAUCGAGAGCCAUAUCAGCCAGUCUAACAUCAACGGUGCUCUGGUGCCCCCAGCUGCAUUGAUAUCCAUCAUCCAGAAAGGCUUGCAGUAUGUAGAGGCGGAAGUCAGUAUUAAUGAGGAUGGUACUUUGUUUGACGGUAGGCCGAUAGAGUCCCUCUCGCUGAUAGACGCCGUAAUGCCAGAUGUGGUACAGACGAGGCAGCAAGCCUACAGAGACAAGCUUGCUCAGCAACAAGCGGCGGCUGCAGCAGCAGCAGCGCCGCCGCCAAACCAACAAGGGUCUGCAAAAAAUGGUGAUAAUAACACUGCAAACGGAGAGGAAAAUGGCGCCCACACAAUAGCAAAUAAUCAUACAGACAUGAUGGAAGUGGACGGCGAUGUUGAAAUCCCGCCUAACAAAGCAGUAGUGCUGCGUGGCCAUGAAUCUGAAGUAUUCAUCUGCGCCUGGAACCCUGUUAGUGAUCUUUUGGCCUCAGGAUCUGGAGAUUCAACGGCAAGAAUAUGGAACCUUAGUGAAAACAGUACCAGUGGAUCCACGCAGCUGGUCCUUCGGCACUGUAUACGAGAAGGGGGCCAAGAUGUACCCAGCAACAAAGAUGUGACAUCCCUGGAUUGGAAUAGCGAUGGUACGCUUCUAGCAACGGGGUCGUACGACGGAUUUGCAAGGAUAUGGACUAAAGAUGGUAAUCUCGCCAGCACGUUAGGGCAACAUAAAGGUCCCAUAUUUGCAUUAAAAUGGAACAAGAAAGGCAACUUCAUUUUAAGUGCGGGCGUGGACAAGACCACAAUUAUUUGGGAUGCACAUACUGGAGAAGCCAAGCAGCAGUUUCCUUUCCAUUCUGCACCAGCACUAGAUGUUGACUGGCAGAGCAACAACACGUUUGCCUCCUGUAGCACCGAUAUGUGUAUUCACGUCUGUAAGUUAGGCCAAGAUAAGCCCAUCAAAACCUUCCAGGGCCACACAAAUGAAGUAAAUGCAAUCAAAUGGGAUCCCACUGGUAAUCUUCUGGCGUCUUGUUCUGAUGACAUGACUUUAAAGAUCUGGAGUAUGAAACAAGAUAGUUGUGUCCACGAUCUCCAAGCUCACAACAAGGAAAUUUAUACUAUCAAAUGGAGUCCUACAGGGCCAGGAACAAACAACCCAAAUGCCAAUCUUAUGUUAGCAAGUGCAUCCUUUGAUUCUACGGUUAGGUUAUGGGAUGUAGACCGAGGGAUCUGCAUCCACACCUUGACGAAACAUCAAGAACCUGUGUACAGUGUAGCUUUCAGUCCUGAUGGCAGGUACCUGGCCAGUGGCUCUUUCGACAAAUGUGUACACAUCUGGAAUACACAGACGGGUGCUCUAGUGCAUAGUUAUCGGGGAACAGGAGGCAUUUUUGAGGUUUGCUGGAACGCAGCAGGAGACAAAGUUGGAGCAAGUGCUUCAGAUGGUUCAGUUUGUGUACUAGACCUACGGAAAUAGCGCUACUAGUUGGAAGCCAUGGACCGACUAUGAAUGUGUACAUAGCCAAAAUGACUGUCCCUUGACCCACGUACUGCUAUAGUCCCAAUUGAACCAUGGCCAGUCCACUACAGCCAAACCCGAAAGAAUUAUAUAUACAUAUACUGUAUAUUAAAAAAAGCAAAAACAAACGAUUACAACCCUGAAGAAGAUGACAGAGUUUUGUCACAGCUUGUGAAGCCUGUUCACCAAGUGCUGGGAUCUGCUGUGCCCCCCCUUGUCCCCCCCACCCCAAAAAAUAACAUGUAAGCAUUUUGGAAAUGGGGGGAAAAAACCAGGAAGAGAGAAAGAGAGAAACCUAACCGUAUACGGGCAGCCUGUUGAGUGUACCAAAUCUGGCUGCCUUUCUUUUUCCUCCUUCCUCUUCCCUUCACCCUUCCUAACGCUUUGAAAGAUUGGAUUUCUCCCCCCACCCUUCUUUUUGGCUUUCUCAAUAGGUGAUGAGCAGUUUUUGUGUACAGGGAGAAUGGAUUUUCAUAAUCCUGCGACAGUAGUUCGUUCAUUGCUUUCCUCCCACGCUUGCCUCUUGUUUAGUUUUUACUGAUGCACAAUGCAAAGGUGUGAAUCUGCUUCUCGGUGGUGGUGGUGGUUCUUUUCACUCAGAAUUGGGGUUGGGGGGGGGAAUCAUCCUUUCGCAGCAGUUCUUUUGGAAAUGUUUUUUUAAAAGAUGUAGACAUCUGAAACGUGUUGUGGGUAUCUGCUCACAGUUUAGGCAGGGAAGGAGGAAACAAAGCAGAACCUUUUGAAACAUGGAAGUUUGACAUUCCUUUAUAUUAAUAAGAUCCAUUAGUUAUGGGCUCACAUAUUGGGGGUGGGAGGGGGUGGCUUCUUUUGGUAGUGACUGCUCCAAAAGGCAGUACUUCCUUUAAGAUCUUUCUGCCAAACGUAAAAGGGUACAAAGUGUGCAAAAACUAGACCGAUGUUUGGGACAUGAGCACACGGUGGGUUCAGAAUUGUGUGGCCUGUCCGACUGGAAGUUUGUGUGUUGGAUUUAUAUUUGCAUAUGGGCCUGCGCAUUGCUCAUGGGGCAUCUGCCUAAUCUGUACUCCUUGGACUCAAGUGGUUGGUCUGGGUUGGGGGGUGGGCUGGUGCAGACCUGUGUGUCCCCGCCAUGUGUACGUUCCAAGCUGUGGCUUAGGAGUACAAUAACAACAAAAUGGAUCCUCUUUUUCUUUGAAACCAUAGUCAUGGACCAAUUGUGUACUGCUAAGAGAAGGAAUGCAACAGUGGAGAAAAGGGAUUGGUUCGUGUUCAAAUUCGUCUGGGCGAGUGUUUUUGCUACAACUUCUGUGAGAGUUUUUUGCCCAUUCUUACUCAGAUGUCUAGUGUAACCAAAUUCCAAAUUAAAAGUAUUUUUGAUUUUU